AUGGCACUCAACCGCUCUUUCAAGCUAAACUCUGGAUACAGCAUCCCCGCCGUAGGUCUCGGUACCUGGCAAUCAGGACCAAAUGAGGUCAAAGAAGCUGUAAAAUCUGCUUUAGAAAUUGGCUAUAGGCAUAUUGAUGCCGCGGCUGUGUAUGGAAACGAGACUGAAGUAGGAGAGGGCAUCAAGGCUUCGGGAGUUGACAGAAAAGACAUAUUCAUCACUGGAAAAUUAUGGAAUACGGAUCAUAAGCCUGAAGAUGUUGAGGCAGCUCUCGACACAACGUUGAAGGAUCUUCAAACUGAUUAUGUUGAUCUGUACCUGAUCCACUGGCCGGUAGCGUUUCCCAAAUCUUCCGAGAGAUUUCCUGUAGAUCCAGCCACAGAGCAGAUCGCAGUCAUUGACGUGCCAAUCAUUGACACGUGGAGAGCAAUGGAGGCGCUUGUGAAGAAGGGGAAGGCAUGGAGUAUUGGGGUGAGCAAUUUCACUCAGGCGAAAAUGGAAUCCCUUCUGAAAAGUGCAAAUAUUCCUCCAGCAGUGAAUCAAAUCGAGGCACACGCAUAUCUGCAACAACCAAAACUUCUGCAAUGGAUGAAGGACAAUAACAUCGUUGCCGCAGCUUAUAGUCCGCUCGGGAACAACAUCUACAAUCUUCCACGAGCUGUAGAUGACCCAACAGUCAUCAGCCUCGCCAAAGAAUUGGGAAAGGAGCCCGCUCAAUUGCUCAUCAGCUGGGCUGUUCAGCGAGGGACGGUCGUGCUUCCAAAGAGUGUGACUGCAAGUCGUAUCAAGGACAACUUCCAAGACUUUGAACUUCCCCAGGAUGUGUUUGACAAAAUCAUCGCUCUGGACAAGCACCACAGAUAUAACUUCCCAGCUCGUUUGGGCGUAGAUAUCUUCGAUGAGGUCAGUGAGGAGAGUCUCAAGAAGAGUGUUGAGGAUUGGAAGGCGGCCCAGAGGAAGUUGAAGCAGGGUUGA